AUGGAUCUCGUCCCGCCAUCAUACGAGUCCGCCACGGACCGAGAUGCGUGGGUCAUUAUCGCCCACUACAUCCCGUCUAGUGAUCUUUGCGCAGCGUCUCUGGUCUGUCACCGAUGGCACGAUCUAUUCAUGCCCUUUCUGUGGGGAGAUCCGGCCUCGCACUUCGGCACGGAGAAUGAUGCGGUCUAUGUCGCACUCACAAGGUUCCGUAGAACUCUCAAAUAUGCCAGGCGUGAAGUGCGGGCGAUGACCCACACCCUGCAUCUGCCCCCUGCUCUCUCGGAGAUUUAUGGAGGCCCCCGACCGGGCUGGCUGAGAGAUAUCUUGGGGUAUUUGCCCUGUCUGCAAUCCUUGAUAGUUUCGAGGCUACCAUUUUUCGAUCACAAUGCUAUGUAUGCAUUGAACCACCAUCAGAGCUCAACGGUGUAUAAUGUCCGUUUACUGCUGGCAGACCAUGAGCCGAACACAACCUCAGCGGGGUUGGCAGAGACACUGCUUCGGUUUCCCUUAUUGACAUAUUUGGAUCUUUCGUAUACUUCAUCCGCGCGAGAUCGAAGUGUUUUAUCUGCUCUAUCUCAACUGGAGAAUCUCCAAGUUUUGAAGCUACGCGGCAUAGGCUUGAAGGAUGGCGACGCCGAGUUCCUAGCCAAUGCGAUUGGGAAACGCGUUCGUUUCUUGGAUAUAAGCAAGAAUAUGCUGACAGAUAUGGCGGUUCGCUCCUUAUUGCAAGCCUCGUUCAUGACUCCGGAUCACCCACCACAGCCACGUCCACGACGUACUGGAUCAUCUCCAGACCUUGCGUAUCAAACAACAUCUCAAACCCCCGCAGAGGAUUUCAUGAAAUCUCCCGACUUGGAUGAUCGAUUCCUCAAGCUUUUGGCCCAGCCGGUCUUGAAAAAUCACUGGAUUGAAGAUUUGCCGCGCACGGGAAUCACUCAUCUAUACAUCGCUAACAAUCAGGUCACCGUGGAGGGAGUAGCGAGUCUUCUGACUUCAUCUCGUCUCCACGCUCUAGAUGCUGGAACGGUUCUCAGUGCAGACAUGGUCCACAAAUCAAUAUCCUCAAAGCAUGGAAAAUAUCCCGGUGCCGAGAAGCUGGUGCCGUUACUGGGUAAUGUUGCCGGUGACAACCUAACUUAUUUCCGCGCACAUCAUGCAGUGCUUACGGCCGAGCCACCAGCCAAAGACGUGAUAUCGAAUGCUGGGUUCUUGCCCGAACUUGCGGCUAGUGAAAUGCCUCGUGAUUUUGAGCUGGAUGCCUCGCAGGAAGUCCCUCGUCAAGCUGAAUUAGACGCUUCGCAGGAAAUCCAUGAAUUGCCAGGUGGUGUGACAUCGAUUUACGAACUUGCAGAUACUUCUAUCAUAGAUUCGACAAGCACAAUAGUAGCUCCUACUCAGACUCGAAAACUGCCUUAUCAAGAUGAACCACUCCCUACAGUCAGGCGCGGGUCGAUUUUUGCGCCUGAGGUCAUUCAGACAAAUGUCAGUGGAGACGUUGAUUCCAUUAUAUUCAGCCCGACGAGGACAGGGACGUCAAAGUCAUAUGAGACUUUUGAGGGAGGCACUUUGUCAUCUAUUUCGGGGACUUCAGCAUCCCCUGAUGCCUUGGGUUCAAGCUUCCUUGAGUCAAACACACGAUGCAGCUCCCCUGUUUCGACGGAUGAAGCUCAUGCAGAAAAGAUCCAAGAACUUCUAGCAAAGCGACCUCGGAACCAAUCUCUUCCUCUCCAGGGUGGAAAAGAAAGCCGGUUUCCUUACCUCCAUCCUUCUCAUAUUCCUCAUUUGGAGACUCUUGUCUUGACCGAUGUGCCAUCACAUAUUCCACCUAACUCUCCGGUCUUGUACACUCUCACUCGGUUUAUUACAGCCUGUUCCAAUGAAGCGUUACUGGCAACCCUUCAGGCCGGUUCAGAUUACUCUCUUCCCCCGGGAAAAGCACGCAUGCAUGCCGAGCAACAGCGGUCCCGUUCUCUCUUUGGGCUACGACGGAUAGUCCUUGAAAUUGUGCCUACGGCUGCCUCAUCCAGACUCACCACCUGGAAACCUGCUAGCCAGCAUAACGGCGUGACUAAUUCGAGCACGGGUGACCGCGAUUCAGAGAAAUUAUGGGCCGCAGCUUCCAAUGAUUUCAGCUUCUUUGGCGAGGAAGAGUGCGGCAUCAUGGAGAAUGACCCCGGGAAAUACUUCCCCAUGGCCGCACUGAACGAGAAAGUCUCACUCCUACCGUCGGACGACGACUCAGCGCACUCGGGCACAGAAUCCCCGUUGCCAGGCCGUCAACACUCGCGGCGCAGUGUGGCGUCAACGUCCGGUCCACGGCGAGAAACCGAUGGAAACCAGCACCACUUGGUUCAAGACGUCGAUGUGGUGGCAGAACUGGCUGCCUUCCGUCGGAACAAGAAAGCCGAGUAUGAGCAGGCAGUGAGGCGAGAAAGGGGCCGUCGUAGUACGAUUGCAUCAGGAAUCUCUGGCUUUCUCACAACACCUGGUCCACAGAUCUCGAUGGCCCAUUUUGUGGAAGGACAUUGGAAGGGAGAGGUCAAGAUUGUGCGCAAUCCUACCCCAAAGGUCCGCACUGGGAUGGUGGAUAUGUAUGGGAACUACUUCGAGAAGGGGUAUUUAUACCCAUGA